UGACAUCACAUCAAGUGUUAAUAUAAAGACACGGGACUUCUGGAGAAGAACACACGCAGCUAAAAUAUACAACAAACAAAGUCCACCCUGAAGUAGCUGUGGUGCGCUGAAAGAUGGCACAACUUCUCUUCUUGCUACUUCUGCCUUUCUUGGCUUUUACAACAGGUUCGACACAAGAAGGCAGCAACGUCACUUCUCUUACCACCGCUGCUCCAUUCUCAGACAUGAACCAAACAUCAUUGACCCAGCAUACCACAAAAAAGCACCAGAGCACCGUGGACAAGAUUGAGUACAUCAUUGGAGGGUCAGAGGAGGAUUAUUAUGAUGACGAUGAGGCGCCAACAGUGGCUCCUACUUCACCUGUUACUAAACAUUCCUGCCAGUAUAAUAGAUGUGAGCACCUGGCAUCUACAUGCGAGGAAAUUCAGCGGCAAGCUGGUGGUAAAUGUCUUUGUCCAGGAAUUGAUGGUCCCGAACGUACACCAGACUCUCCACCCAUUAAAGAGGUCCUGCUUGGGGAUUCGCACAUAACCAUAAACUGGUGUUCCCCUUCAUCUACUGUACGUGGUUACAGAGUGUUGCAUGGAGAACCAGGGGGUUCAUUGGAAAAAGGACUAGAUGUCAAUGCUUCUUUUCGCUCUUAUACCAUUGAUAAUCUUCACUCUGGUUCCCUCUAUACAGUGUGUGUUGUAGCAUUCAAUGAGGCAGGAGAAAGUCAGGUGGGUGAUAUGGAAGACCGACCAGAUGGCAGUAUGCCAGGUCCCUGCAGGACUGUUCAAACCACCAUGCAGUCACUAUAUUUAGGACUUGGCCUAGGGCUGGCAGCAGUGGCUGUAUUGCUGGUUAUUCUGGGCUACUGUCUUUGGAGAAGAAAGAGGAACAAGACUGAGAUGGAAGCCAACAUAGAAGACAGAGGAAUACCAAACUACACCUAUAAGGCAGGGAGCAUAGACCAGUUGUGAGAGUGAUGAGUCAUAUUGGGUUUGUGAAGACAGAGUGAGAUUUUAUGUUUCUAAAU